CAUAGUGUGCUUAUUUGCAGGUAUGGCUUUAGUUCUUGUUUGUUUUCGAAUGUAUAGUUGCGCUAAACUUGAAUCAUCAUGACAGACAAUUCCCAAGAACAAUCUCAAAUCUUUUUUCCUUUAAAGGAAGUGAAUUUCAAAGGAUGCACUUUGAUAAUUCCGUCAGUGUCAGUUGGAAAUGUUGGUCAGUUAUGUUCUGACUUACUGAUUCACUCUCUUCAGUGUGAAAAGGUUGGAUACUUAUGGCAUUCAGCAAUUUUGCCUGUAGUGGGAGUUGAUCCCUUCAAAGUAUCAUCACCUGACCUGGCCUUGCCUGCUGAAGUAUUCUACUCAGAAAGUCGCAAGCUAGUUGUUCUGCAGCUGAGAUCUUCGAUCCUAAAGAGGCUCCGAAAACUAUUUCUGAAUGAGCUGAUAAAGUGGAUAAAAUCUUGUGGUAUUUCCCAAGUUGCCGUCUUAACAGGAAGCUGUAAUGAGGAACGUAUUGAUGCACAGAUCAAUAGUGAGCCAUUCCGAUAUCUGGUUACAUCAGAGGUUUACCCUGAACUUGCAGAAACUUUAAGGUCAAAAGGAUGGACUGCUCUAGAAAGGCGGUUUCAGUUCCCUGCCUUGUCAAAGAUUGACAACCAAGCUGAAAGUACAGAGUCGACUGGUCAGAUAGUAAUUCCUGGUGGUGGCUUUGCCAAGCGUUUGCUUGCACUGUGCUCUGCAAACAAUCUUCCAUGUGCUGUUCUGAUUAAAUUCUGCAGUGAAGGAGAUAAUAUUCCUGAUGCUCUUUUCAUGACAUCCAAGCUGAAUGACUGGUUGAAAAUGAUGGACAGUGGUCUUAAAAGUUUUGUUUUCCCACCAUCAUGGAGUCAUUUGUUUGGAAACCCUCCUCCUAAACAAUUAUAUUGAAUGGUCCAGAGUAUAAAAUUCAAAUAUUUCCUGUAUAUGUACUGACAUCUAAUUUAAAAAAAAUAAAAUUAAGGUUGGAAAAUA